UAUUUGCUUAAUCCCUUCCAAGGAUGGCUAGUUUCGACCGUGCAUCUCUUGUUUUCGCCAUGCUUAUUGCUGUAUCAUCCAUGAGCAGCAACUGUUUCCAAGCUGAAGCGCGUCGCCUUCUUGAUACAGGGUUGCCUGAGAUUCCUACCUUGCCAAAGCCUGAGAUACCAACACUGCCUAAACCUGAGCUGCCAACCCUGCCAAAGCCUGAGAUUCCCACGCUGCCCAAACCCGAGCUGCCAACCGUUCCAAAGCCUGAGGUUCCAGAAUUGCCAAAACCUGAGCUGCCAACCGUUCCAAAGCAUGAGAUUCCAGAAUUGCCAAAACCUGAGCUGCCAAAUGUGCCGAAGCCAGAGAUUCCAACAUUGCCUAAACCCGAGCUACCAACUUUGCCCAAGCCAGAGGUGCCUAAAAAGCCUGAGACCACCACUCCAUGAAGUCUGUUCUAGCCCAGCUGGAUACAGUAGUUAUUAUUAUUAUUAGUGUUGUUAUUAUUCA